GAAUUGUUCUUGCGUUGUAGGCAGCUCUAACUGCUUCACUGGAGCCAGUGUUGGAGCCAGAGUGGUCGGUUUCCAGACUGAGUGUCGCUUAGGGGGGAAAAAAACACACGAGACCUGCUGGACAGGAGCGAGGAGGGAUUUUCUUCCAUCAACACUUCUUCACGCUGAGCGCGGAUUUAUCGCAGCUGGGGGAGAGCUCGCUCUGCGUGUGCGCACUCACGCUGGUUCACAGGCGGCGUGGAGCAGCUUUGAGGCGGAGACCUUCCUCCUCUUGACCAUAACGCCACUGUCAGUCAGGGUGGGGUUCACCGUGGAGUUCCGUCCCCGCGCGCCGCCGCCACGCCCCCGCGCCUGGCGCUGUCCGGUGUUGUGGUGCUGAACGCUGGGCACGGAUUCAGCUCCACACUGCCCGUCCUGCAGCGCUGUGGAGUGGAGAAGCAAAGCGGCGCAUCACUCGGAAUGAAUAAGCCUCAAGUUGUUCAUGAAGAAUGGUGUCGUGGAUAACUAUGAGGGGAAGGUUUUUCAAGUGUUUCUCUUUUCCUUUUUAAGGAUUAUUUUUUCCCCUGGUACAUAACUUGCCACCAGCAUGAUUUUGGGUGUCUUGUUAUGCUGCCUUCUCACGGUGGCUCGUGGAUAUCAAACGCAGGACAGACUGCCUUUCUUUCACGGGCAUGUUUUUGAGAACUCACCGGUGGCGUCUAAAGUGAACGGACUGAGCAUCCCGGUGAGGCGCAUCGACGCGCAAAAAUGGUGCCCAGCCUCCGUUAUGCGCUUCAAACUCUACGGAAACGGCAGCGAAGAUUUCCGCGCCUUCGCCCACCACAAGCGGGGGAACGCCUUAAUGAAAACUUCCAGGGUUUUGGACAGAGAGGCUCGAUCCCAGUACCUGCUGACCGUGGCUCUGUGCUGCCACGGCUGCGCGUCAGAGUCUGUCAUGUUCCAUGUCGCGUUGGUUAAAGUGGAUGUUUUGGACACGAACGACCACGCGCCGACUUUUCGCAGUGCAGACAGCCUUCACAUAACUUUAGACGACACCACCGCUCUCCGGAGUGUGGUGUGCAGGCUGGAGGCUGUUGACGCAGACAGCGGCAAGAACGCAGAGUUGACAUACAUGUCUGUGCCCAAAAACGGCAGUUUCUAUGUUGUCCCCAAAACAGGCGAAGUUUUGCUGGUCGACUCCAUCCUGGGGUUUCCCUCUCCCGUCUCAUUUAGUGUUUAUGCCAGAGACCACGGGUGGCCCCCUCUGACCAGUAACGGUGUUGUGGUCACUGUCGCGCCACAGCGGUGGGCAACGCGUCCCAAUCAAAUACUGCGGGCAGAGAGGGCAGGUCGGUCCACGAGGGCUUUACUUGACCCCGACACUGUGGUUUUCUUUAACGUGUCUGAAGACGCCAGCAUAGGCUCCACCAUAACGAGCUUAAGUCCGACCAGGUUUCAGUCAGCUGCCUAUGAGCUGAUUCACCCGGAGUCACAAAGCCCUCCUGUCACCGUGGGGCGCGACAGUGGAGACAUCACGAUCACCCGGAGGCUGGACAGGGAGACACAGCCCCUCGUGGAGCUUACUGUUAAGAUUCAGGACAAACGAGGCCCAGAUUGGUACCUGAACAAGGUGAAGCUGAAGAUCAUUGAUGUCAAUGACAACGUACCCGAGUGGAAUAUGAAGCCAUACCCUUACUUGGCUGUGGUGUCCCCCAAGGCCCCCAUGGGAACGUUUGUCUACCAGCUCCAGGCUCAUGAUGGGGACGAGGGCAAAAGUGGACAGGUGGAAUACUUUUUGUCGGAUGGUGGUGACGGCUGCUUUGCAGUGGACAAGAACACAGGCCAGGUGGUGACCACAGGGCUGGUGCUUCAGAGGGACAGAGAGUACCUGUUAAGUGUGGUGGCCCUUGAUGGCCUGGGCAGCCGCAGUGCCCCUGCUAUGCUCUCCGUAAUGGCAGGAGCCCGAGCGCCACAAUUUACCAAUAUUAGCUAUGCCAUCUCCAUACCAGAGAACACGCCUGAAGGACAGCCCUUCCUCGUGGUGUUUGCCAUUUCCUUCCAGCAGCAGCCAAUCGGCUACAGCCUGCUCAUCAAUCCAAGUAGCCUUUUCAGCAUCCGGCAGGACACGGGUGAGAUCAGCCUGACCCGAGCACUGGAUUAUGAGAGUGACCAGCGCCGCUACCUGCUGAUGGUGCGAGCCAGUGAGGAGCCCGGCAGCCUCAGCACUGCCACAGAGGUGCAGGUGUUGAUAACGGAUGAGAAUGAUUGUGUCCCAGAAUUCCUGCAGUCCAUCUACAGUGUGGAUGGAGUCCCUGAGACUGUAACCACGGCAACAUCCCUGCUGCAGGUGUUAGCCACAGACUGCGACUCGGGGUUAAACGCCGAGCUCAACUAUUACACCCUCAGCCCAGACUUCAGCAUUUCACCACACGGGACUGUUUUCCCCGCGGGCCGACUGGACUAUGAAAGGCCGAACCAUCUGUAUGAAUUUGUGGUGAUGGCGGUGGACAACGGUGCUGAGCCUCAUUCUGGUACGACCACGGUCCGUGUGAGGAUGGCAAAUGUCAAUGAUGAGGCCCCUGAAUUCUCCCAGCCUGUAUAUCGAACUUUUGUUUCUGAGGACGCCGGCCCCAACACGCUUGUUGCCACUGUGCUGGCCAAAGACCCAGAUGGUGAUGGCAUAAUCUACUCCAUAACAGCAGGCAACGAGGAAGGAAACUUCAUCAUUGACAGCCAGAAAGGGCUGAUUCGUCUCCGCUCCACUCCUCUACCCAUGCUUCAAGGCCUGGAAUAUGUUCUGAAUGUAACGGCCACAGAUGACAAUGUAUCGGGUGGGCCGCACUCUCUCUCAUCCACCGCUCGGGUAAUUGUCGGGGUCGAUGAUGUCAACAACAACAAACCUGUAUUUGAAGAGUGCCAGCAAUAUCGUGAGCAGGCUUCAGUGCUGGAGAACCAGCCGACGGGGACUUUUGUGUUGCAAGUGCAUGCUGUGGAUGCAGAUGAGGGAGCAAAUGGAAAAGUCAAAUAUGGCUUAAUGCACAGAGACAGCGCCAUGCCUGCCUUCAGAAUUCAUCCAGACACAGGAACGAUUGUGACAGCCAGACAGUUCGACAGGGAGCGGCAGAGAGAAUAUGCAAUCACAGUAACAGCCACUGACUGGGCAGAGGAGCCGCUCAUCGGCAUCUGUCAGCUCACCAUCCAAAUACUGGAUCAGAAUGAUAACAGCCCCAAGUUUGAGAAUUUGCGCUAUGAGUAUUUUCUGAGAGAAGACACUUUGGUCGGUACCAGUUUCCUCCGUGUUGCAGCUCAUGAUGAUGACUUUGGCUCCAAUGCAGCCGUCACUUACUCCAUGUCCCUGGACCAGCCUGAGUACCUGGAGGUCAACCCGGUCACUGGAUGGGUCUAUGUUAACCAGCCCAUAUCACAGAGGGCUUACAUUACACGGGACAUCGUAGCAACUGACGGGGGAGGCCGGAACACUUCUGUGGAGCUGUCAGUCACCAUCACCAAUGUCAAGAACCAGCCUCCUCAGUGGGAAGAGGAGAGCUACAGCGUUGUCAUUCCAGAGAACACUGCCAGAGACACACCCAUAGUGACAAUCAAGGCCACCUCUCAGCUGGGUGACCCAAGGGUGACCUACAACCUGGAGGAAGGGAUGGUCCCUGAAACCAACAUGCCGGUGCGUUUCUACCUCUCCCCAAACCGUGAAGAUGGCUCUGCGUCAAUUCUGGUGUCAGAGCCGUUGGAUUACGAAGCCACGCCUUUUUUCUCUCUCCGGGUUCGAGCGCAGAACGUGGCUGCGGUACCACUUGCAGCUUUCUCCACAGUUUAUGUCAAUAUCACAGAUGUCAAUGACAACGUGCCGUUCUUCACCUCCUCCAUCUAUGAGGCCUCAGUAACAGAAGGAGCCCAGAUCGGGACUUUGGUUCUCCAAGUGUCUGCACAUGACAAGGACCUUGGCCUUAAUGGAGUGAUCACUUACUCUCUUUUGAGUGACAGCAGUGGCGACCACAGUCUCUUCCGCAUUGACCCAAAACUCGGGGUCAUCUAUACAGAGGCUGUGUUUGAUCGCGAGGCCCGCAGCUCCUAUUUGUUGGAAGUUCAGUCGGAAGAUGGCCAGGAGUCGGCGCGACCUGGAAAGAACAAACAGCCAAACUCAGACACAGCGUAUGUGAGGGUUUUCAUCAGCGACGUCAACGACAACAAACCGCUCUUUGCUCAGCGUCUGUAUGAAGUCGGAGUCGAUGAGAAUGCUGAUGUGGGCCUGACUGUUGUCACUGUUGGCGCUAAUGACGAAGAUGAAGGGGCCAAUGCAAAGCUGCGCUACCAGAUAACAUCCGGCAACAAAGGAGGUGUUUUUGACAUCGAGCCAGAAGUGGGGACAAUCUUUAUUGCACAACCACUGGACUAUGAGCAGCAGAAGAGAUACAAGCUCCUGGUCCUCGCCUCUGACGGGAAGUGGGAAGACUAUGCUGCCGUGGUAGUUACUGUGGUCAAUAAGAAUGAUGAGGCACCGGUUUUCUCCAUGAACGAGUAUUAUGGAUCUGUCACAGAGGAGCUUGAUGGGUCACCUGUGUUUGUACUACAGGUGACAGCCACUGACCCUGACAAAGAUGCAGACCAGGGCGCCAUACGAUAUUCCAUUCAUGGCCAAGGGGCAGACUCACACUUUAUGAUCAAUGACAUUACCGGGGAGAUGUAUGCCCAGCGCACCCUGGACCGAGAGGAGCGUGCUGUCUGGCGCUUUGUUGUCAUGGCAACGGACGAAGAGGGCGAGGGACUGACUGGUUUUACAGAUGUUAUUAUUAACGUGUGGGACAUCAAUGAUAAUGCCCCUACCUUCUCCUGUGCCCCUGAUAAUUGCCACAGUUGCGUGGCGGAGAACUCCCCCCCUGGAACAUUUGUUGUGGAAAUGACAGCAGUAGACCUGGAUGAUGCUGCUGUUGGCCUGAACGCUAUCAUCACCUACCGGAUUAUUGAGAAUUCACAAAAUGCAAACAGUGUAGACCUCUUUAUGAUUGAUUCCAGCACUGGAACUGUAUCUGUGGCAGCGGACGGUCUGGACCGGGAGUUUGCGGACAAUCACCGGCUGAUAGUGGAGGCGCGGGACGGUGGGGGCAUGACAGGUACAGCUACUGCUACUAUAGUUGUGACGGACAUCAAUGACCAUGUCCCAAAGUUCCGAGUGGACUGGUGUGGUGUUCGUGUCCCAGAGAGCACUGAUGAAGAUGCUCCUAUUCUGGACUUGAGCGCUGUGGACCUUGACGCUGGCAUGUAUGGACAGCUGACCUUCAGUGUGGUGGCUGGAGACCCAGAUCAGCAAUUUUACAUGGUCAGCCACAGACUAGACCAGAGGGGCACUCUGAGACUGAAGCAGAAGCUGGACUUUGAGAAGAGCGGGAAUCAGCAGUUCAACCUUACCAUUAAAGUGGAGGACUCUGACUUCUCCAGCCUUAUCCACUGUCUGGUACAAGUGGAGGAUGAGAAUGAUAAUGCCCCUGUAUUUGUCCCAAGUUCUCAUCUGCUUGCUCCUCUGCCUGAGGACAUUACUGUAGGAACCAGUGUCAUUCAGGUCAUGGCCACUGACUCUGACUCAGGUCUGAAUGGUGACAUAUUGUACAGCAUUCUACCCCAAUCUGACCCAUUUCAACAUUUUUCAGUCAGUCAAGCUGGUGUGGUCACAGUUAUCAGGUCUUUGGACAGGGAGACAGUGGCAGGUUAUGAACUUGUUGUCGUGGCGACAGACCAGGGAUCCCCAGCAUUGACUGGCAGUGUCACGGUCUACCUGACGCUGCUAGACAGGAAUGACAAUGGACCAGAGCUGGAGGCGGCCUACACACCUCUGGUGUGGGAGAACAGCCCAGCAUCUCAGGUGGUGUGGCUCAACACGAGCUCCACUCUGCUUCAUGUUGUGGACAGGGACUCCCCAGAGCAGGGGCCCCCUUUUUUUCUGUCCCUACCCUCACUUUACUCUGAUGACUUCCACCUACAAGAUCAUGGGAAUGGCUCUGCAACACUCACUGCCCUGCGGAGAUUUGACAGGGAAAGGCAGAGUGAGUUCCUCUUGCCAUUGGUCAUGAUUGACAGCGGCACUCCACCAAUGACAGCCACAAACACACUCACAAUCACCAUUGGUGACCAGAAUGAUAACGCCCAUCAGGCGGGAGAGAAAGACAUCUACGUGCACAGCCGCAAGGGAAGGAUGGCAAAUGCAGUCCUGGGGAAGGUGUAUGCCCCAGAUCCUGAUGACUGGGACAACAAGACCUACACUCUGGAGACAAGUGCAGCCAAAUACUUCAGGCUGAACCAGACCACAGGACUACUGACCCUGCGACGGAACACUCCAGCAGGCAGCUACUGGUUGAGGGUCUGGGUGUCCGAUGGUGUGUGGCCCAAUGUGAUGUCAGGGGUCAGAGUUCAUGUCAGGGAUCUGGAGGAAAAGGCCAUCCUUUCGUCUGCCUCUCUGCGUCUGACUGGCAUCACAGCGAAAGAUUUUAUCAGCUCCCGCGUCCAGGGGAAGAGCCGGCUUGAGACAUUCUGGGUCUUCCUGUCUGAAACCCUCUCCGUCAGGUCGGGUAGCAUCAACAUUUUCAGCGUAGCAGACAGAAAGGAGAAAACGGUGGACAUUCAUUUCUAUGUGCUAACGGAUAAUGGCUACCUGCUCCCAGAGAAACUGCAUGCUGUCCUCGCUGCACAUAAAAAGAAGUUGCAGUCAAUGUUGCAGGUGAAUGUGAGCCAGGUGCAGGUAGAUGAGUGUGUGUGCACGGACUGCAAGACAUCCAGCGGCUGCUCCACACAGUUGAGCCUCAGUGACUCGCCCACCCUGUUAGACUCAGGCGCCUUUGCCCUGGUCUCAGUGAAAGUGACAUCCUCUGCUGUGUGUGGCUGUGCUGCCAGAGAAAUGACCCACCAACCCUGCUCCUCCUACCCUACUAACCCCUGCCUUAAUGGAGGGACCUGCAUUGACACGCAUAAUGGAUACAGGUGUCACUGUCCCCCACAGCUUGAGGGGCCAGACUGUCAGCAGACAAGGCUCAGUUUCCUUGGUGACGGCUAUGCCUGGUUUCCCCCCAUAAGGCCAUGCUUUGAUAGCCAUAUUUCACUAGAGUUUAUGACAGAGGAAGACGAUGGACUUCUCCUGUAUGCCGGCCCGGUAGCCACUCUCAUGCCUGGGGAUGCUGAAGACUAUAUGGCUUUAGAGCUGAUCGGUGGGACGCCCAGUCUGAAAAUUAAUCACGGUUCUGGGACACUGGUCCUCCAGUUAACAAAUAACGCUGGGGUUUCUGACAGACGAUGGCAUCGUCUUGAUGUGAGGAGUAACAGUAAGGAAGUACGCUUCACUCUCGAUCGAUGUUCAAGUGCCAUCGUCAUGGAGACAGAAGGCGUGGACUCAUGGGCGAUGACUGAGGACCGCUCGUCUUGUGAAAUCCGCGGGGUCACCCCCAACAGGGACAAGUAUCUGAAUGGAAGUUUUGUGUUGCAGCUCGGAGGAAUCAGUGAGAACAUAUCGUAUGAAUAUCCACAGCUGCAGCACAAACACUUCACUGGAUGUAUAAGGAACCUGCACGUGGACAGCAAGUUAUAUGACCUUGGUUCUCCAGCCGAAUCCUCCAAUACUGUGCCUGGCUGCUUUUUUAUUGAUAAACAAUGCACCAGCAUGGAGCAACUUCCUUCCUGUGGGAAGCGGGGUCACUGCCACAGCGAGUGGGGAUCCUUUGACUGCUUCUGUGGGCUGGGGUUUACAGGGCCACAGUGUGAUCAAGUGGCUCCGGAGUUCUCCUUUGACAGCCGAAGCCACAUCCAGCUCCAGCUCUUGUGGUCUCUUCCUGCGCGACAGACGAGAGUGCAGGUUGGUGUUCGGACUCGUGCUGCCGCCGGUGUCGUCCUCAGUCUUCUCUCCCGGGAGCAGAAUGAAUACCUGCGUUUAGAGGUUGUUCAGGGUCUCCUGGCUGUUUUCUACAACCUUGGUGAUGGCGACUACAAUGUCACUCUGCCCUACUAUCGCCUCGAUGAUGGCCAGUGGCAUGAGGUGGAGCUGGACCGGUACGGCAGAGAGUUCACCCUGUACCUGGAUGGAGGAGGGGGGCGACGGGAGGUGACGGCUUCGCCUGGUCAGAGUCAGGAAAUCAUUAUUGACCCUUCAGUGAUGAUUGGAAACUCUUUUCCGUCAGGACACAACCGGAGCUUCGUUGGUUGUUUGCGAGAUGUAAGGUUUAACAGCCACUCCGUCUCCCUGGAUACAGAGCAGCUUUCAGAGGAGCUUCAGGUGGUCACUUUGCAGGGUGUCUCUGUUGGCUGCUCUUCAGAAUCCUGCCGGAAACAUCACUGCUCCCCUCCCUUGGUCUGCGUGGACCUCUGGAGGCACCACGAAUGCAGGUGCCCUGCAGGCCACCUGACCAAAGAGAGCUCCUUGGGCAAAGUGUGUGUCUACACGCUUUGUGCCAGCCGACCAUGUCGCCACGGCACCUGUGUGGCUCACUCGCCGUCCCGCUACACGUGCCAGUGCAGCGAGGGCUACAGGGGACGGCACUGUGAGGUGACACUUGCCAUGUUCCACAACGAGGAUGGCAACAGUCUCAGCCUGAGCUCCAUGUUUGCUAUCAGCAUCUGUGUCAUGGCCUUCCUAGUGUUGAUGCUGGGCCUGUUUCUCUAUUCCUGCUGGCGGAGACACAAGGGCCUGAAGGAGGGUGUGUACCAUGUGUCUGCGCACCACGGAGAGUGGGAGGACAUACGGGAGAACGUGCUCAACUAUGAUGAGGAAGGUGGAGGGGAGCAGGACCAGAAUGCCUUUAAUAUGGUGGAGCUGCAGCGCUCCCUCCAGCCCAGUCCAGCUCAGUCACUCCGCUACAGUUACCCACACAGUAUCAUCUCCUACCCACAAACUAAGCUUCCUCAGGACAGCAACAAGAAGGAAGUGUCCACUGCAAAUGGCAGUGCAGCUAUCGCCUUGCGUCUGGCCAUCCCUCCCUCAGAGACAGAAACGCUGCCAUCCCCUCUGACCUUCCGCCGCUCCCAGAAACCCCUCUCCUUCUCCAGCCAGGACUUGGCCCGCUACCUGUGUGAGGUCAUCAGGGACAUGGAGCAUCCCGGGGAGCUCGGCACCAUGACCACACCGCGCCGCCCCUCUAGAAAGGAGCGCGGCGUGGUGGCAGUGCGCUCCCUCAGCUCCCUCAGUGCAACUCAGGGUUCAGAGGUCAAGCUUCAGGGAGGCCAGAGCAUCCGCCUGGACAGGUUCAAAACCCUCCGAGCUAUGGUGUGUGAUUUGAGAGGAGAGUCCAAGACACCGGAGGGUCAAAGAGACAAACUGAAGGAGAGCAGAGGGCAACUGAACUGUGAGAAGAGUGGGUGAGGCAGCCCGUGCAGGAAGUGAAUUUAAUUUGAUGUGAAAUACUCAGACUCUGGGAGGUUGCUCAGCGUGUAAUGUGAAGUCUACUUUAAAUGUACUCUAUUGAUGAAACUCUUGAACACUUAAGUUCUUUGAUAUAAAUGAUGUUUACCACUGAAUGAUCAGAUGUGAUGUAUUGUUUACUUGGCAUUGCACUGUACAGUAUAUAAUCCACAAGAAAGCACUUUUGGAGGCGCCGUGUGUCAAAACUACUCAUGUCAUGAAACUCAUAAAAGCAAUGUCUGCAAGUGAGAUGGCAAAUGAGUUUCCCGUGCAAGGACUUGAUUCUUUUUGCUGUUAAUGACUCAUGAAAUCAUUUAUGUGGGGG